AUGGGUAUCGAAAACCGGUUCUCCUCUGCCACCCCUCCCCCUGUGUCGCAGGUCACACCGCAAGGUUCGCCGCUGCCCACCCCGCUGGGCAUGCCUGUGCACCAACUCCAACACCCUUCCUCCACCACCCCUCCCUCCUCUUCCUCCUCGUCUUCUUCCUCCAGAGCGGACGGAGCCGGAGGGGCCUCGCUGUCGCUGACCCCGCCCUCCAGACCGGGGGGCAGUGGUGGGAUGGCCGCCUCGGGCUCUGCUCACUGGAGAUCCAGGCUCAACUCAUUGAAGAACAACCUUCUGGGCUCUCCGUGCUUCCACAGGCGCAAACUACAAGUGCUUAUGGAUGAGCUGGUGAAGCGGUCCUGGUUUGGUAACUUCAUCACGCUGGAGAAAGAGGAGCAGAUCUUUGUCUUGAUCAGAGACAAGCCGCUCAGCUCUAUCAAGGCUGACAUCGUCCAAGCUUUUCUCUCCAUCCCAUCCCUCUGCCACCGUGUGGUGUCUCAGAAUAGUUUCCGGGCAGAAUACAAGUCCUCUGGUGGUCCUUCUGUCUUCCAGAAACCUGUCAAAUUCCAAGUGGACAUCGCUUUUUCUGAGGGAGAGAGGGAGCGAGAGAGGGAACGAGCAGAGAGAGAAGGGAGACGAGAGCUGGGCAUUUACAGCGUGACCUUCACUUUAAUAUCAGGUCCGAGCCGCAGAUUCAAAAGGGUAGUGGAAACCAUUCAAACUCAGUUACUGAGUACUCAUGAUCAGCCUUCUGUGCAGAACUUUACCUCUUGCCGUUUAGAUGAGAAGAACGGUCAGCUUUCCCGCCAGCCCAGCACUCUUACACGUCAGAACUCCAGGAGAUCUGAAAGCGGAUCGGAGCGGGGAGAGGGGGAGCAUGCGGCAGAUGGGGGGAGCAGUAGCAGAAGCAGCAGCGGAGCCGUCUUACAAAGACGAGGGUCGGGGAAAGACAAGGCCAGACUCUCGCCGUCCAACGGGACACAGGCUCACCCUUGAAAAGAAUGUUGUGGAAGAGAAGUGAGGGCCCUAUGCCGGGCUCUUUUCUCUUCCUCUCUUUAGUCCU